AAAUCGCAAUAUAUGAAGUAACAAUGCACUAACUUGACGGAAAUAGAUUUAUUUAAUGAAGAUUUGUUCUUAUAAAGAGUUUGUAAUUAAUUUACAUUAUCUAAUAUAAAAUCACCCAUUCCCCUUCCAUUAUUUUCUCAUUAUCAAACCCUCUUUCUCUCACAUUUCCACUCAUCUCUGAAAACACUCUAAUUCCAUGGCUGGUUUCUCCAGUACUCCAAUCCACAUCUCCAUCUUUCUACUUUCUCUCUGCAUUCUCUCUUUAAGCUCAUUGUCAUGGAGUAGCAGCCGCAGUAAUCUAGAGAGACAAAACGAUGAUUACGAGAAAUGGGUAUCGUGGAAUGUCGAAAACCAUAAGAAAAAGACUAGUACUACUUGGGAAACAAAACAGGGAAUGGUUACCGCUGGUCACCGGAAAAGAAGCGGUAGAAGUGUUGUCGACUCAAAGCUAAGGAGGGCUGACUUGCGCACAGUGAGGAUGUGUGUUAGUCAGGAUGGAAGUUGUGAUUUCGCAUCUAUCAGAGAGGCUAUUGAUUCUAUUCCUGUAAACAAUACAAGAAGAACCAUUUUGGAUAUCAAACCAGGUCUUUACAGGGAGAAAAUUGUUGUCCCUCUAGCAAAGCCUUUCAUAACUUUCAUGGGGGAUUCUCAGAACCCACCUACCAUAACCGGAAACGACACUGCAUCAACGAUAGGAGAUGACGGAAGGCCAUUGACAACAUUUCAUAGUGCUACGGUCGCGGUUAACUCUGACUAUUUUGUGGCCAUCAACGUAAUAUUUGAGAACACAGUUCCACAUGUGACUGGAACACUAGCAGAGCAAGCAGUAGCUCUUCGCAUAUCCGGAAACAAAGCUGCAUUCUACAAUUGUACCUUCUAUGGGUAUCAAGACACUCUUUAUGAUCAUAAAGGACUUCACUAUUUCAAGAAUUGCUUCAUUCAAGGAUCUGUAGACUUCAUUUUCGGUUACGGUAGAUCCUUAUAUGAGACUUGCUAUUUGAACUCAGUAGCAACAAAGGUAGCAUCAAUGACGGCCCAAAAGAGAACAAAUUCAUCAUUGUCAAGUGGGUUCUCCUUUAAAGACAGUGUAGUAACUGGUAGUGGCCUUCUAUACUUGGGGAGAGCGUGGGGUGAUCGUUCGCGCGUUAUAUUUUCUUACACUUUCAUGGACAAAGUUGUGCUUUCUCAAGGCUGGAAUGAUUGGGGAGAUCAAAAUCGUGAAAGGAAUUGUUAUGAAUUCGCGGUUACCCUCUUAUUUGAUGGUGGUAUCCUUUCAAAUAAAGAGUGUGUACUAUGGAGAAUACAAAUGCAGUGGCCCAGGUGCAAAUGCCACGGGGAGAGUGCAGUGGGCAAGAUUGUUGAGCGACCAUGAGGCAAAGCCGUUCAUCGGACCAUACUAUAUCGAUGGAGACGCUUGGCUCACGAGCCAGACUCUAUAAAUUCCAUAUGUAUUUCCUUCAAUUAAUCGCCAAGAGCAAGGAAGGUGCUCUUGAUGGCUUUAGUUUGUUUCUGAAAAUCUUUGAUGCCUUCAAAAUAAAAAAAGUACUAAUUGAUUUGGUUAAUGUUAAGACAAAAAAGAAUGUGUGACGUAUCUUUGAUA